UCCACAGGUUGUGCAAACAGUGUCAUAACAGUUCACUGUAGUGUUUUUGGUGGUCAGAUUUCAGGUACGGGUCAGCGCGACAGAAGCGUAUGAUUAUUGGAAAUAAAGCGUGAGAGCGCUCACGGUGCUUGUGGUCGUUUAAAUGGACCUAAUGGAGAGUCCUCUAAACCGCGCCCAUCUGUGCGGCAGAAAGGCAAACCGGUUGGUGGCGCAAGAGAAUUACGAGGAGGCGAUUUUAUGCCAUGGAGAGGCAGCAGAUCUGCUGAAAGUUGCCUUAUUGAUGACGCAAAAUGAGCAGGUCAAGCUAUCUCUUGAGCUCCAGAGAGACAGACAUCUUCAGCAGCAGCGCCUGAUCGGGGAGACCUGGAAACAGGGAAAGCUUGCAAGAAAGCCUUCUGUCUGCACAAAGCAGACACCACUACCAUCCACCCAGUCUCCCCCAGCCAUCCACUAUGUCUCCCAGGAGACUCCACAUGGGUGUAAAGCAGCCAAAGAUGACAGGACUCGGCUGGAGGAGCAGAGCAUGGCCAUUGCUGACCUUAGAAAGGUUGUGGCUGUCCUGCUGCGAGAGAAUGAAAAGUUACUGGAGGAAAAUGAGAGCCUGAAAGUAGAGAAUGCUCGGCUAAAGAGAGACCCCUAUGCAGACCAGCAGGGUCCUCAUUUAACCCCGCUGCUGAACACUGUUGAGGCCACUCAAGGGCAACUCCCGCUGGAUCUGCCACUUUUACAUCUGCCCCCUGACCUCAAGGAGGAAAUACGGCUGUUGUGGGAAAGGGACUAGACCCUGCUGGACAGUGAGGUUUACACCUGAAGCAUGAAUAUUUGAAAUAGACUUCUGUGGUUUGUUGUCUUUAGUGUGUAAGUACUAGGUGUGUAAAAUUGCAUCGAUCUGAAGGUGGUGAUUGAGCUGCAUGGAUUUAACAUUUCAUGAAUAGGUUCCUGCAAAGUCGCAAUUUGAUCAGAUCAUUGUGACGACAGAGAAAUACUCCCUAUGCAUGUAUGUUAAAGGCAUACGUUGCUUUGUAAAUCAGCAGUCUUUCUGUUUUAAACAGACAAUGAAAAUCAGCAUUCUCAUCAUACAUCAUAUAAGAUAAUGUGAUAUCUGCAUUUCUGAACAGAUACUUAGGCUAUGGGACACAGAAAGCCAUACUGUUGAUUUGUCAUUAUAGUAUGAUUAUUAUCUUAAUAUCAUAGAAGACUUUUUAUUCAUAAAUAAUGCACAUAAAAAUGGUCUUCCGCUCAGUGUGAAAACAAAUCACUGUUAGUGUUGUUAUUGUUUGGAAUACUGUCUAAAUGAGUAUUAUUAUUACUUCAGAUUAUUAUUUAAGUAUUUGAUGUGUGUGUGUUGAACAGAUAUUUUCAUAGACCCAAAAUAUUUUGAUUGUUCCAUUUUUAAUGGAAAAUGUAAAACAUCUCUUUUACUUCAAUGUACAUACAGUAGCAAACGACACAUACAGCAAAUAAAGCACACCAUGUUAUAGAAAAAUCAUAAUUAAUAUA